CAGUAGAAAAUCAAGGAAAAUGCUAACACUUCGCAUAGGCCUUGUGAUUUUCACUGGGGCACAUGUCUCACCACUGUCAGAAUAACAGAGAGUUACCACUACCCACUCCACAUUCCAUUCCAUACUUACUUUUUGCAUUUUCCUUCUUUCUUUAUUUGGUUGGUUAGACUUAGUACUACUAUUCCUAUCUCCCUCUUCUUUUUAAUCUUUUCCUUUUGUUUUUAUUCAACACUUCGCUUCCAGAUCACGCAUCCGAGAGAGAGAGAGAGAGAGAGAGAGAGAGUAGCAGUUAAUCGAAUGAUUCGUGUUCUAUCACCAUCAUUAUCUCCACUGCAAUUCAUUUUGUGAUGUCAUAAACCGUUUCACGAGUUAUGAAACUCUGCUUCCAGUGAGUGAGUGUGAGUGGGAAAUAAAUAAUUAAUGGCGGAAAUGAGAGUGACGAAUUCGUGGAGCGAUGAGCUAGCGAGUCUCAUGGACGACGAUCCGGUCGGUUUCUCGUCUUCCACGACGUUUGAGGUGAGGAGAUCGGUGUACGCGCCGCCUCCGCCGAGCGUGGAGGAGCCAGCGGUGGUGGCGGAGGGGGAGGAGAGCUUGAAGGAGCAGGCGAUGGGGUUCUUGAUGGCAUGGUGUGAGAUACUGAUGGAGUUAGGUAGGGGAUGCAGGGACAUACUGCGGCAGAACUUUCUCAACGAAGAUUCCUUCCUUUUCAGAAACUUCGCACUGCCUUGCGCUAAGGUCUCAAAGAGGUUGAGUUUCCUCAACGAUUUCUUGCCCGAGGAUCGCGAUCCCUUCCAUGCCUGGUCCAUCGUCGUCUUCGUCUUUGUUCUUGCCCUCGCAGCUAUAAGUGUAGAUCCCAAUCAUGAUGCUCUAACCGAGGUGAUGAAGGUUCGCACACACCCUCCCAGUGCUAGACGCAUAUUACUUCCAGACGGUAGAAACAUGUCUUAUUAUGAGCAAGGUGUUUCAGCUGGCAGAGCUAGAUUUUCUCUUGUUGCUCCACAUUCUUUACUUUCAUCUCGAUUAGCAGGUAUACCUGGGGUUAAAGCAUCAUUGCUUGAAGAUUACGGUGUCCGUUUGGUCACAUAUGAUCUUCCUGGUUUUGGGGAAAGUGACCCUCAUCCCACCAGAAAUCUCAAUUCAUCAGCCACUGACAUGUUACAUUUAGCCAAUGCUGUCAAUGUUACUGAUAAGUUCUGGGUGCUAUGUCAUUCAAGUGGAUGUGUUCAUGCCUGGGCAUCACUCAGAUAUAUUCCUGACAGAGUCGCAGGUGCAGUGAUGCUAGCUCCUAUGAUUAAUCCAUAUGAACCUGGCAUGGUUAAAGACGAGAUGAAAAGAACUUGGGUGAAGUGGCUGCCAAAGAGGAAAUUUAUGUAUAUAUUGGCUCAUAGGUUUCCGAAACUUCUCUCUUUUUUCUACAAGAAGAACUUCUUGCCGGAAAAUCAUGAUCAAAUUGAUAAGCAGCUAUAUUAUUCAUUAGGAAAGAAGGAUGAGAUUUUGAUUGAAGAACCAGAAUUUGAAGAAUUUUGGCAGCGUGAUGUGGAGGAGUCGGUUCGUCAGGGAAGUGUGCAGCCAUUUAUAGAGGAAGUUAUUCUUCAGGUAUCGAAAUGGGGUUUUGGCAUAGAAGAACUUCGUGUGCAGAGGAAGUGUCAAACAAGAAGUUUACUUCUUUGGUUGAAGUCCAUGUACAGUCAGGCAGAAUGUGAGUUAGAAGGAUUUCCUGGCCUUAUACACAUAUGGCAGGUUUGGAACUUGAUCUUCUUAUCAGUAAACUAUGGUAUUCAAGGUUAUUUCAUUAUGCAUGACCAAAUGAUGGAAUACAUAGGACGGGUAUUACCAGAGGCAAUAAUCCACAAGCUACAAAAUGAGGGCCACUUUUCCUAUUUCUUUUUCUGUGAUGAGUGUCAUAGUAAGAUAUUUUCCACUGUGUUUGGAACCCCUCAAGGUCCUAUACAAGAACCACAAGAGGAAAUUGCAUACGAGGAAAAUACAGAAGAUCUUAUCCAACAACGUACUUCUGAUUCUGAUACGGCAUGACACGAAACUGCUGAUAUACACCACUAGUUAGUUGCAUGUAAAUAAUAAACACAGGCAGCUCCUAUUCACCAUGGAGCUUGAAAGGAGAAUAUUUGUUACGAUUCUUAAAUUUUGGAAUCAUAAGAUGACAAAACUUCAAAAUCAAGUCAUAAGAACUUAUGUAGAAUUAUUACCUACGUUGUUUUACCUAACCUCUCCCCUUUUCCACAAGCAUUAUUAUGGCAUGAUGUUCUUCACCGGAAUGGAGUUGUAUUUUCUUCAAUUUGGCUGAUUGGAGCUGUUUUAAAUUGUUAUCUUAAAAAAAAUUGUUUAAUCAUGCCAUUAAAGCUUUGAAAGGCAUUUUUGGAAA